AUGAACGCUUCCCCCGGCUAUCCACCUCCGCACGACCCAAGCGCCUCUGUUUCGAGCUCUCCAACAUACUAUCACAAGGCGAACAACUAUAGUACGGCAGAUGUCAACAUCCGCCGAAUAUCACGCACACCUAGCCCUACUCCCAGUGAGAUGGCGGAGCUCAGCAAAAAGCACCUGUUCGACUUGGAAGCUAUGAAGUCUCGGAAGUACUGGAUCCGGAGAGAAUGGCUAUGGUACUACGUUAUUGGUGGCAUUGUUCUUAUCAUCAGCAUACUGUUCACCGUCUACCACGAACAAAUCGUGAACUGGCUCCAGCCCGCCGCGAAUUGGAUGAAAAAUUUACCAGCAGGCUGGCUAAUACCUAUAGCCAUUUUCUUCGUCAUCUCGUUCCCCCCACUGUUUGGGCACGAAAUCCUCGCAAUUCUGUGUGGAGUUGUCUGGGGUCUGUGGCCAGGGUUUGCCAUCACUGCGGCGGGCACUUUCGUCGGUGAAAUUGGCAACUUCUACGCGUUCAGGUACUGCUGCUCCGCACGAGGCAAGAAGUAUGAGCAGACGCAGAUUUCGUAUGCCUGCCUUGCCCGAAUUGUCCGCGAUGGUGGCUUCAAGAUCGCAGUCAUUGCCCGAUUUAGCGCCAUUCCGGGGCACUUCACGACUGCGGUCUUCUCAUCAUGCGGCAUGAGCAUCUGGACGUUCAUGUUAGCUGCCUUCCUUACGUUGCCCAAGCAAUUCAUCACGGUAUACUUGGGUGUUGCCCUUGAAGACUCUGAGGACGGGCAAUCUAGCACCAAAGACAAUAUCAUUAAAUAUGUUGUGAUUGCCUUUACUACCAUUGUGACUUUUGUCGCAAUGUGGUACAUCUAUAAGCUGAUGGCCAAGGUCAAGCCGGAAGUAAUCUACGAGAGGCGCAAAGCGAGGCAAGCGAAGCUCGAAGCAAGCGGCGGCGACCUUCCGUACGGCAACGCUGCUGUGCUACAGUCCACGGUUUCCCUCGAUCCUCGUAAGUCUGACUCGGAACUCCCACUUACGGCAAACUUUGCCAAGGACUCGACGUAUCAACAAUGGGACAGCAGCGGUCGCGCCGUUGGUUAUGCUCCAGACCCGACACUGCAUGCGCCUCAGCCACGAAAGCCCCUCGGCCAGGUAGCUAGCGCCAAAUCGUCUCAGUCGUCAUCGCCUGCGCCAUACAUGAGCGAACGCAACGAUGGCCAACGUUCGACGCCGCUCAGGCAGAAUACGAACAGUUCGACAGCUUCAUGGGACGCCGCCGGCCAAGUUGGCGGGCCUAACGCGUAUCCUAUGUCUCGUCAGUCGCCUUACCAGGAUCCGUAUGCUGCGGCGACGCAGUCUGCGCGUUUCCCUCCGCCACCGGGACCUCCACCGCAGUUCGUGCCUCAGAGCGCACCGCCGAUGCGAUCUCUAGGCAGUUCUCCUGUCAUGCCGACGGCGAGCGGCAACUACCUGCCGCCAGAACAGACGCCGACGCAGGCUCGAUUUGGGGAGACGGGUGCCCCGGCGGGGCCUGGCGCGCGGGAGGCGACGCUGAUGAAUCCCUAUGCGGCGGGAGGCCCGGCGCCGCAGUCUGCACAACAACAGCAAGCGUUGCGCUACGGAGAGCCCAGUGUUCGAUAG